AUGGCCACAACCUACAGUCCGAUGCACUCGCAGGACUACCCCUUGGGAAGUGAGGUGCUGAACGCGACUAAGCUGGCGGCAUCGAUCGACACGGACCUAGCCAUGGUCUCUCGCUACUUCACGGACGCGCGCACCUACUACUCACAGUACUACGGUGUCCCCGUGGCGAAGUAUGCAGCCAAGAACAACGUCAAGCUGCACCUGGGCGUGUUCAUGACGACUGAGUCCUGGCAGUCGGCUGAAAUCGACAACGCUGUUGCCGCCGUGAAGAACUACCCGGGCACGGUGAAGACAAUCCUCGUGGGCAAUGAGAACCUGGCGACCGGUACGAAAGCGGCCGAUAUCCUCAAGAUCGUUUCCACCAUCAAGACGCGCUUGGGUGGCAAGCUUGCGGCUACCAUCAAGUUUGGCACGGUGCAGCGCAUCGCCGAGUACUUGGACUCUGCCUACGACACGGAGACUGCUAGCUUGGCAGCCAACUUGGACAGUCUGGGUGUGAACAUCUACCCGUUCUUCGACAGCGGCUACAAUGCCAAUAGCCCGGUCGCGAUCUUGGACUCGGCCUGGAACGCCAUGGCCAAGAAGUUUUCCUCAAAGAAGAUGGUACUUUACGAAACGGGCUUCCCUACGGCUGGCGCUGCUUCGACUCUUUCCGGUGUGACGCCGUCACUGUCCGAGUCGAUCAAGUACUACAAAGCUGUGGCCAACUGGGUGCCCAAGACCGCUACCAGUGUCAGCUCUGCCCCUCUCAAGUUCUGGUUCUCGUUCUUCGACCGUCGGGCCGACGACAACUCCAUGGGUACGGUGGAGCUGGAGAAGCACUUCGGACUGUUCACUUCCAGCCGCCUGAAGAAAUGCAAAGACUCGGACUACCCGCGCGUGUUGGCGAGCUCGACCAAGUCGGCUACGCAGCAGAGUUUCCUCCGUGGACUGUAG